ACUGGCAAAGUGGAAACAACGAAACAAGAAACAACUGGAAAGGAGUUGAAAUAAAGUAGAAAAAGUAGUAAAUAUUAAAAUUUCGGCGUUUAUUUGCUUCAAAAGUUUAAUUGCUAGUGAAAACAAGAUUUAUAGAAAAUUGUAGAUAAAGGGAUCAAUUUUCUUCUGAAAUGCCCCGAGGAAAAUUCACCAACCAUAAGGGUCGCAAUCGACGAUUCACGAAUCCAGAAGAAUUGGAGGAAGAAAGGAGAAAAGAAGAACAACAGAAAAAAUGGAGGCAAACACAUGGUGAAAGUGAAGAAUCUGAGGAAGAAGCUGCUGCAGAGAAGAAGAUUAGUGAAGAAUCUGGAUCAGGAAGUGAAUCAGAAGAAAGCAGUGAAGAUGAAGAUGCUAAAGGGAAAGGAGUUUCAAAACUCAUUGAAAUAGAGAAUCCAAAUAGGGUACAAAAAAAAGCAAAGAAAGUUUCUGCAUUGGACACAGCAGAUCUUGACAACAAGCCACAACUGUCAAGGAGAGAAAGGGAGGAGAUUGAAAAGCAAAGGGCUCAGGCUCACUAUCAAAAAUUACAUGCCGAAGGAAAGACAGAUCAGGCCAGGGCAGACUUGGCCAGGUUGGCUAUUAUCAAGCAGCAAAGAGAGGAUGCCAAAAAGAGAAGGGAAGUCGAACAGAAAGAAAAAGAAACUGCUGCUAAAGAGAAAACUGCCCAAGUUAGGAAGGCCUUAGGAAAGAAAUGAAAAUUAGAGGAAACAAACAUUUUUGCAAUAUUCAUGUGUUGUGCUAAUGGGAAACCAACAGGUUAGUUUACAUUUUUUUCUCAUAAUGUAUACUCAAAAAAAUACAAUAAAAUACAAUGUUCUGCU